AUGCCAACAACCAUCAAUGAUCUACCUAUAGAAGUUCUCCGCAAUAUCUUCCUUUGCCUCGACCCUCCAUCUUUUCUCGCAGCUGCUCACACAUCUCGGCUUUGGCGUGCUGUUUCUCUAUGGCCUUACACCCUUUUCUGGCACAUUGACACCUGGCUUUCUGACCAGGAAGACCGCCAAGCCUUUUAUAGGCUCUACGACCAUAUAGUCUCCAGAAAUGAUAACAAUAUUGAUACCUGUGAUACCGACAGCCAAAGUAUACAAGACAAACCUCUAGAUUCUAAUAAUGAAGGUACCCUGAUAAAAACUAUCCCUUCACCCCCAACCCUUUCAGAAAGCGCAUCGUGCACUUCUUCAGCAGCUACUUAUUCUCGUUACACGGAAGCCCUCAAAGCCUUUUCUACAUUCAAGUCACCAUCACCAUCACUACUACUACAACAACAACAACAACAACCACAGCCCACUUCGCUGACCAUCCUACCGUCUAACUCUCAAAAUUUGGCUCUCGUCCAAUUCUACUAUAAACUUCUUCGUGCCCAGCUCAUAGGAAUCUCGGUCGUCCCUGCAUAUACUCUCAACCUUCCAGACCACUUUUUCUCAACACACGACCCCCAACCACUAUCCUCUUCAUCUACUCAAACACCAUCUUCCGAUAAGCUUCAUGCCCAGCUUACAGAAUGCUUUGGAAUUUCUCCAGACGGAUCAUAUCUUUUGGUUGUCAAACGCGGUCUUGACAAUCUUCACUUUCUUUAUGGAUACAGUCUCAUUGAACCUUUAAUGUCUCCAAACAAUCAUGAUCAAAAACUCUCUAGUACACUUUCCACUCCUUGCCUUACUUACUACUAUUGCUGGACUAAUGAUAGACAAGUCAACCAAGUAGUACUAUCCACGGAUAAUAAGUUUCUCGGCGUUUCAUACGACGUGGGCUAUGUCCAAGUCUUUGACCUUUUUAUUGCAUCUUUAUCUCCGUCUUCCUCUCAAGGAACAACAAAUCCCCAUUUUCCAAUAACUCCACCAGGAUCAAUAUCCCCAUUAUACCCAAUAGAACCCCGUGUUCUCUUUUCUAGACAGUAUCCUUCCCAUGUCAAAUAUCUUGCCAUUUCCGCACGCGGAGAAGUUCUUUUCCUGCGCGCCCAACGGCUAGGCGGCCUGGUAAUCGUCAACAUUCGCACCUCUGAAGAAAUCGAUAUCCCUCAUUACCGCCUUGAUCUUUCCAUGUCCCUUCAGUACGACGAUAAGGUCCUCAUGCUUUCUGGAUGGAAUGAAACAAUUAUAUUUGGUAAGGCUACACAUUCCUCCUCUCAACAAGACGACUCAGGGGAAAAUUCUCCAGCUAAAGGGUCUCUCUGGGAUUACUUUUUCUAUCAUGUCCAAAAUAACAUCUCUUCAUAUGUGCCAGUAGAACGUGCGGUUGCUCUUCAAAAACCAAACGCAUAUCUUGGCUUUGAUUGUAGUCGCCAAGGCGGCUUGACAGUAAAGGUAGUUUUAGAUGAAGAAGAAUUGAUGGGGUUUAGACCUCUUGAAAGGGUAUUACAGUAUGGUGUAGACGAGGAAGAGGAGGAAGAAGCAGAAGACGAGGAGGAAGAGGAAGAAGACUUGGGUGAAGAUGAUGAUGAUAAAAGUAUACAUACAAACGAUAUGCGGAGCACUCCGAACUUUACAAUCAUGGAAACAACGGUGGUUGCCGAUAACCAUUCUCAGCCCCACCCCCAAGAAAAUAACAGAGAUAUCGAGGAAAACAUUGGCAAUAACAAUGAGGAGGUCGAUGGUAAUGAAGGGAAUGAAGAGAACGAAGAGAACGAAGAAGAUGAGGAUGAGGAUGAGGAAGAAGAAGAAGAAGAAGAAGAAGAAGAAGAAGAGGAGGAGGAGGAGGAGGAAAACUUGCACAAGGCCGAAUUUCCUCUUUUUUCUCGGAAAAUCCUUGCCUUUUCUGAUCUCAUCUACUGUGUGACUCAAGACGCUUCGCUGUUUGCCAUUCUCUCCGGUACUCGUAUCUACAUUUACGUUCUUGCGCCAGAUGCGCUCUCAGACGGCUUCGUCACAGGAUAUCUUCCUCACCGUAUUGUUGAGCUCAAUCUCAAAAAAGAUAUUUACGAGCGUACUUCAUCCACCAUUUCACCCCAAGACAAUAAUGACGACCCGUCUUUGCUCCAAAGUGAUUUCGCCAACAACGGCAACAACGGCAACAACACACAGGAAACCCCUGCAAUACGUAACCUCAAGUUUGUCGGUAACACCCGCCUUCUCAUCUUCACAUCUAAACACAUCUUGCUGUACGACCUGGCGCGCGGGCCUCGCGCCGCUCUUCGUACAAAUCCUGAUCACCGGUUCCGGAUUGAUACCACUAUGUGUGUGACUGAAAUUUAA